AUGAGUUCUGAUGUGGAAAUGGCCAUCUUUGGAGAAGCUGCUCCCUAUCUCCGAAAACCAGAGAAGGAAAGAAUCGAGGCCCAAAAUCGCCCUUUUGAUUCUAAGAAAGCAUGCUUUAUAGUAGAUGACAAAGAAAUGUAUGUGAAAGGUAUGAUCGAGAGCAGAGAGAAUGAUGAAGUCAUAGUCAAGACCCUAGAUGACAGAACUGUCACUUUGAACAAUGAUCAAGUCUUUCCCAUGAACCCUCCCAAAUUUGACAAGAUUGAGGACAUGGCCAUGAUGACUCACCUACAUGAGCCUGCUGUCUUGUAUAACCUCAAAGAGCGCUAUUCAGCCUGGAUGAUCUAUACCUACUCAGGCCUCUUCUGUGUCACUGUCAAUCCCUACAAGUGGCUGCCAGUGUAUAACCCAGAGGUGGUGGCUGCCUACAGGGGCAAAAAGCGGCAGGAGGCCCCUCCCCACAUCUUCUCCAUCUCUGACAAUGCCUAUCAGUUCAUGCUAACUGAUCGGGACAACCAAUCUAUCCUCAUCACUGGAGAAUCUGGCGCUGGGAAGACGGUGAAUACCAAGAGGGUGAUCCAGUACUUUGCAACAAUCGCAGUGACCGGGGAGAAGAAGAAGGAGCAGCAGCCUGGGAAGAUGCAGGGAAACUUGGAAGAUCAAAUCAUCCAGGCAAAUCCCCUUCUGGAAGCCUUUGGAAAUGCCAAGACUGUGAGAAAUGACAAUUCUUCACGCUUUGGGAAAUUCAUUAGGAUUCACUUUGGAGCCACAGGAAAACUGGCCUCUGCUGACAUUGAAACCUAUCUCUUGGAAAAAUCCAGAGUGACAUUUCAGCUGUCCAGUGAGAGAAGCUAUCACAUUUUUUACCAAAUCAUGUCCAAUAAGAAGCCAGAGCUCAUUGACCUGCUUCUCAUUUCAACCAACCCCUAUGACUUUCCCUUUGUGAGUCAGGGAGAGCUCACAGUGGCAAGCAUCAAUGACGGUGAAGAGCUGUUGGCCACAGAUAAUGCCAUAGACAUCCUGGGCUUUAGCUCAGAAGAGAAAAUUGGAAUCUACAAGCUGACAGGGGCUGUGAUGCAUUAUGGGAACAUGAAGUUCAAGCAGAAGCAGCGAGAAGAGCAGGCAGAGCCCGAUGGUACUGAAGUGGCUGAUAAAGCUGGAUACCUUAUGGGUCUGAAUUCUGCUGAAAUGCUUAAAGGUUUGUGCUGUCCAAGGGUGAAAGUCGGAAAUGAAUUUGUGACGAAAGGACAAAAUGUCCAGCAGGUAAUUAAUUCUGUGGGUGCCCUGGCCAAAGCUGUCUACGAGAAGAUGUUCCUGUGGAUGGUCGCUCGCAUCAACCAGCAGCUGGACACCAAGCAGCCCAGACAGUACUUCAUUGGAGUCCUGGACAUUGCUGGCUUUGAGAUCUUCGAUUUCAACAGCCUGGAGCAGCUGUGCAUCAACUUCACCAAUGAGAAACUGCAACAGUUCUUCAACCACCACAUGUUCGUGCUGGAGCAGGAGGAGUACAAGAAGGAAGGCAUUGAGUGGGAGUUCAUUGACUUUGGGAUGGACCUGGCUGCCUGCAUUGAGCUCAUUGAGAAGCCAAUGGGCAUUUUCUCCAUCCUGGAAGAAGAAUGUAUGUUCCCCAAGGCAACAGACGCAUCUUUCAAGAACAAGCUGUAUGACCAGCACCUUGGCAAAUCCAACAACUUCCAGAAACCCAAGCCUGCCAAAGGGAAGGCUGAGGCCCAUUUCUCCCUCGUGCACUAUGCUGGCACUGUGGACUACAACAUUGCAGGCUGGCUAGACAAAAACAAAGACCCUCUGAAUGAGACCGUGGUUGGGCUAUACCAGAAAUCCUCACUAAAGUUGCUUUCUUUCCUUUUCUCCAGCUAUUCUGGUGCAGAAUCAGGUGACUCUGGAGGCAGUAAGAAGGGCGGGAAAAAGAAGGGAUCUUCCUUUCAAACUGUAUCUGCUGUGUUUAGGGAGAAUUUAAACAAGUUGAUGACGAAUCUGAGGAGCACUCACCCUCACUUUGUACGCUGUAUAAUUCCCAAUGAGACAAAGACUCCUGGUGAGAUGGACCAUUACUUGGUCAUGCAUCAGCUGCGAUGUAAUGGGGUGUUGGAGGGCAUUCGAAUUUGCAGGAAAGGAUUCCCCAGCAGGAUCCUCUAUGCAGACUUUAAACAACGGUACAGGAUCCUCAACGCCAGUGCUAUCCCUGAAGGGCAAUUUAUUGACAGCAAGAAUGCCUCUGAAAAGCUUCUUUCUUCCAUCGAUGUGGAUCAUGAACAAUAUAGAUUUGGUCACACCAAGGUGUUUUUCAAAGCUGGUCUUCUGGGGUUGUUGGAAGAGAUGAGAGACGAGAAGUUAGUGAUUCUCAUCACCCGUACCCAGGCUCUGUGCAGAGGCUACCUAAUGCGAGUGGAAUUAAAGAAGAUGGUAGCAAGGAGAGAUUCCAUCUUUUGCAUCCAGUACAACAUUCGAGCAUUCAUGAAUGUCAAGCAUUGGCCCUGGAUGAAUCUAUUCUUCAAAAUCAAACCCCUUCUCAAGAGUGCAGAAGCUGAGAAGGAGAUGGCCACCAUGAAGCAAGACUUUGAGAAAGCCAAGGAAGACUUAGCCAAAUCUGAAGCUAAAAGGAAAGAGCUGGAGGAGAAAAUGGUCUCCUUGCUACAGGAAAAGAAUGAUCUUCAGCUUCAGGUCCAGUCUGAAACUGAAAAUCUGAUGAAUGCCGAAGAGAGAUGUGAGGGGCUAAUUAAGAGCAAGAUCCAACUGGAAGCUAAAAUUAAAGAGCUAAGUGAGAGACUGGAGGAGGAGGAAGACACAAAUUCUGAAUUAGUUGCCAAGAAAAGGAAAUUGGAAGAUGAAUGCUCAUCGCUCAAGAAAGACAUCGAUGACCUAGAACUGACCCUGACUAAAGUAGAAAAAGAGAAGCACGCAACAGAGAACAAGGUGAAGAAUCUUUCUGAGGAGAUGACGGCUCUAGAAGCAAAUAUUUCUCAAUUAAACAAAGAAAAGAAGUCUCUCCAGGAUGCCCAUCAGCAAACCGUAGAUGAUUUACAGGCUGAAGAAGACAAAGUCAACAGUCUGAUCAAAAUGAAAGUUAAACUUGAACAGCAAGUAGAUGAUCUAGAGGGUUCUUUGGAACAGGAAAAGAAGCUCCGAGCAGAACUAGAACGAACAAAGAGGAAGCUUGAGGGGGAUGUGAAGCUAUCCCAGGAAUCUGUCAUGGACUUAGAAAACAACAAACAACAAAAUGAGGAAAAAAUGAAAAAGAAAGAAUUUGAAAUCAGUCAGUUACAAAGCAGAGUUGAGGACGAGCAGGUACAGAGUUUGCAUUUGCAGAAGAAGAUUAAGGAGUUACAGGCUCGUAUAGAAGAAGUGGAGGAGGAAAUUGAAGCUGAGCAUACACUUCGAGGAAGGAUUGAGAGGCAGCGCGCGGAUCUCUCUAGGGAGCUCGAGGAGAUCAGCGAGCGCCUGGAACAAGCUGGCGGGGCCACUUCGGCUCAGGUGGAGUUGAACAAGAAGCGAGAGACCGAAUUCCAGAAGCUGCGGAGGGACUUCGAAGAGACCACCUUGCAGCAUGAGGCUACCGUGGCUGCCCUCCGCAAGAAGCACGCGGACAGCGUGGCAGAGCUCCAGGAGCAAAUCGACAACCUGCAGAGGGUCAAGCAGAAACUGGAGAAGGAGAAGAGUGAAUUGAAGAUGGAGGUCGACGACCUUGCCAGCAAUGUAGAAAGCCUCUCCAAAUCUAAGAGCAACAUAGAAAAAAUGUACCGGACCCUAGAAGAUCAGUUCAGUGAAGUCAGUGCAAAGGAUGACCAACAGACACAACUGAUCCAUGAUCUGAAUAUGCAGAAAGCACAGAUGCAGACCCAAAAUGGUGAGCUCAACCAUCAACUGGAAGAGAAGGAGUCUCUGGUUUCACAGCUGACCAAAGGCAAACAGGCAAUAACCCAUCAACUAGAGGAAGUGAAGAGACAACUAGAAGAAGAAACCAAGGCCAAGAAUGCUCUUGCCCAUGCACUGCAGGCUUCCCGUCACAACUUUGACUUGUUAAGAGAACAGUAUGAAGAAGAACAGGAAGCUAAAGCUGAACUCCAGAGGGUCAUGUCCAGAGCCAACAAUGAAGUGGCCCAGUGGAGGAACAAAUAUGAGACUGAUGCCAUACAACGUACAGAAGAACUGGAAGAGGCUAAGAAAAAACUAGCCCAGCGGCUCCAGGAGGCUGAAGAAAAUAUUGAGACUGUAAACUCCAAAUGUUCCUCUUUGGAGAAAACCAAACAGAGGCUUCAGGGAGAAGUGGAUGACCUUAUGCUUGAUUUGGAAAGAUCUAACAUUGCCUGUGCUGCUCUGGACAAGAAACAGAGGAACUUCGAUAAGGUCCUUGCAGAAUGGAAGCAAAAGCUUGAGGAGAACCAAGCAGAGCUGGAAUCUGCUCAGAAAGAAUCUCGAUCCUUGAGCACUGAACUUUUCAAAAUGAAAAAUGCCUAUGAGGAAGUGCUAGACCAGUUAGAGACCAUGAAAAGGGAAAACAAGAACCUACACGAGGAGAUUUCUGAUUUAAACGAGCUGAUUGCAGAAAAGAGCAAGAAUAUGAAGGAAAUGGAGAAGACCAAGAAGCAAGUUGAACAAGAAAAGUCAGAUCUCCAGGCUUCUUUAGAAGAGGCUGAGGGCUCCUUGGAACAUGAAGAAAGCAAAGUCUUGCGUAUCCAGCUAGAGCUGAACCAGGUAAAAUCUGAGAUUGACCGGAAGGUCACUGAAAAGGAUGAGGAAAUUGAGCAGCUAAAAAGAAACAGCCAGAGAAUGGCAGAGUCCAUGCAGAGCAUGUUGGAUGCUGAGAUCAGGAGCAGAAAUGAUGCCCUGAGGCUUAAGAAAAAAAUGGAAGGAGACCUGAAUGAAAUGGAGAUUCAGUUGGGCCGGGCUAACCGCCAGGUGGCUGAAACCCAGAAACACCUGCGUACCUUCCAAGGUCAGCUCAAGGAUUCUCAGCUGCAACUGGACGAUGCUCUGAGGGACAACAGUAACUUGAAGGAGCAGCUGGCCCUUGUGGAACGCAGGAACAGUCUCCUGGUGGAGGAGCUUGAUGAGAUGAAAGUGGCCUUGGAGCAAACUGAUAGGACACGCAGACUGUCUGAACAGGAGCUGCUGGAUUCAAGUGAACGGGUGCAACUCCUACACACCCAGAAUGCCAGCCUCAUAAACACAAAGAAGAAGCUGGAGGCUGACAUAGCUGAGUACCAGAAGGAAGUGGAAAACUCUGUACAGGAGGCUCGGAAUGCAGAGGAGAAGGCCAAAAAAGCUAUCACAGAUGCAGCCAUGAUGGCUGAGGAGCUGAAGAAGGAGCAGGACACCAGCGCCCACCUGGAGCGGAUGAAGAAGAACCUGGAGCAGACCGUGAAGGACUUGCAGCACCGCCUGGAUGAAGCUGAGCAGCUGGCCCUGAAAGGAGGAAAGAAGCAGAUCCAGAAACUGGAGAAUAGGGUUCACGAGCUGGAAAAUGAGCUUGAUGCUGAGCAGAAGAGAGGAGCUGAAGCCACCAAAGGGGCCCACAAAUAUGAACGGAAAGUCAAAGAAAUUACUUACCAGGCUGAGGAAGAUCGUAAGAAUGUCCUCAGGCUCCAGGACCUGGUAGACAAGCUACAGGCCAAAGUGAAGUCAUAUAAGAGACAAGCAGAGGAGGCUGAGGAGCAGGCCAACACUCAGUUAACAAGGUGCAGGAGAGUUCAGCAUGAACUGGAGGAAGCUGAGGAGAGGGCUGACAUUGCGGAGUCACAGGUCAAUAAGCUGAGAGCCAAGAGUCAAGACGCAGGGUGCCAGGUUGGUGCAUAG